GGAUGCCCCGCCCAAUACAAGUGAUCUAAUGUUCAAACAUUCCACCGUUCGAGUAAUGCGCAGGUGGUUUUGCUUCGGAGUGAUCCUUUUUUCUAAUUUCUAACUUAUAGAGGAACACUAUCGAUCAGAGAAACAAUAACGAGGACACGACGGGUGGCGUUGAUAAAAAGAUACGUUGCACAGAGUGUAAGGGAGAGUGUUAACGUUGUGACAUGUCUAUUCUAGACGAGCGUGAUGACUACCUGAAGAAUCCGUAUUUCAAAGGGCACGAGUACGGAGAUUUCACGCCGUUCUAUGUCACGGUGGCUCUCUGCUCCGUUUUGGGUGGCAUUCUUUUCAUUCUGAACAUCGCGUUCUGCUGCUCGCGGCAUCGGGAAUAUUGGCAGAAUCGUCACACAGGCAAUAGGUGGAUCCAGCCUCUUUUUACCGUGCUGCCGCACAAAACACCACCGCUCGAUUUAAGCGAACUGGAAAGCGGUAUCAAGCCCCAACAGAAGCACGAGGUCAUUCAGUAUCACGAUCUGGAGUCUCACGGUAUCACGGAGCAUUCACAGGAGUUCAUGGAGAUGCAACAACAGAAACGCGAGAGUGAGAUCUGAAGUAGAUGACAAUACUAGCAGCU